AUGGUAGAUAAAGAAGAGCUGGAACGAGCCAAUCGUGAACGUGAUCAAGCACGACAGGAGCUUAACGUUAUGCACGAAAACUAUUCGGCAAUCUUUAAUUCAUACAACAUAGCCCGACAAACAGCCAACGAUAUUCGAACGGCUUAUGAUGAUGUAUCAAAUAAGUUGAAAAUUGCAUUAAGCGAAAUAGACGAAUGGAAAACGAAAUAUAUUCACAUAGAAGAGAACGCGAGAGCUGAACUGGAACGCGCGUCUCGAGAGUAUGAUGAACUCAUCAGAAGUAAUGAGAAUAACACGAAAAGCGAUUGUGUGCUGAUAUCCGAAAUAUACGCGAGUUAUUCACAAAGAAGAAACCACUACAAUCAAUUGAUUUGGUCUCAUUUACACUCAACGCUAAUUGGUCAUGUUGGUGUUUUAAAAUCAGUCGACUAUCAAAAGGAAAUUGGACGUGUGUGUGUAUACGCUUCUGGCGCAGAAACGGACCAUUAUGACAUAAGUGAAGUGGUCUGCGAUUGGCCAUUAGACGCGCUCGAAAUCCCGAAAAGAUUGUUUUUUGCUUGUGGAAAUGCUGUUGUGUUAACGAAAGGUGGUGAUAAGAUAAGUAUUGGUGUCAUUUCUCGUCUUGAAUUCGAAGAUUCGGGAAAUAUUAAAUAUUUGGUGAUUGCUGAGAACCCGAAUGGCACAUAUACCCCGCUUACGAUUGAUAGCGACGCAACGAAUCAAAUUGAGAAUGAAGAUCGAAAUAUCUAUUUGUGCCCGAUUUAUUCCGGUCCUCGCUUGAAUAAAGUAAUGAGGGAAAAGAAUACACCAGCCAUACAUUCGUAUAAGACUGUGAUUCAUGGAUUUUCUGUUGAAAAUUUGAUGAAUGUUAUCAGCAAUUGGUCAAAUGAUAGUAGCAGUUAUUCGAAAUUUGUUGAAUCAAUCCGUGCCAAUCCUGAUCAGGUGCGAAUUCCGUUCGAAGGUGAACUUCCAUUGUUCCGCGCAGUUGCCGAUGACAAUUGGAAUCUCGUCGUUAUGCUAUUAUCAGUUGGCGCGAACAAAUAUGCAAAGGAUGAGAAGAACCGCACAAUUAUUCAUGUGGCUGCGCAACUUGGAUUGGAUCGAAUGCUUGAAGGUGUUCUCACUCUUCUUCCCAAAGAAGUCAAUCGGACUACUGUCGAUGGCGACACGCCGCUUCAUUUGGCAGCGAGGAACGCGCAUGCGGCUUGUAUUGAUCGAUUGUUGGCAACGCCGACGUGUUUGGCGAAUCUGCAAAAUGAAAAUGGAGAUUCUCCGCUUCACGAAUUGUGCGUUCUCGCGGAAUCCGCUAAUAAGAAAGCUUCGAUUAGUCGGCUUCUAACGAAUAGUCGCGCGUCGAUACAUCAAGUAAAUAAUGAUAAUAUUUCGCCGCUUCAAAUUUCAAUUCUUAAAGGACAUGUGUCAACUGUUGAGCAACUCAUCCAAUUGAGACCUCCUCAUCGCAAUGUGAAUUCGCGAACUGGUGUUACGCCGCUGCAUUUUGCAGCAUCUGUUGCUGCCGUGAAUAUUGUCAAUGUGCUGAUAUCGCUGGGGUUGGAAGUUCAUAAAAAGGAUAAAUUGGGCCGUGGAGUACUGCAUUAUGCUGUUGAAAAAUGGACAGGUCAAGCUGACAAGGACAUGACAAGACUAGCGUGCAUCCAAGCUCUCGUGCACUCUGGAGCUCCUGCAAAUGCUGUAGACGUUUAUGGACAGACUGUCCUUCAUGUUUUAGUGAAAGAAAUGAUGAAACAGAAUGACGUGUAUCCGCCAACUCUGAUCCCAGUUUGUGUCCAACUUGUCAAAACUAAUUUAAACCUCGACGAAAUGGCAAGUCGUCUUCGACCUCACUGGCAACUCGCUUCAGCUUGUUUUCUAAUAAGCAAUGGAGCUGAUUUAAAUAUCAAGGAUCGAAAAGGUCUGACUGCUUUAGAUCUGGCAAAUGAUUCUUCUCUUCGACCAAUCUUUGUACAUAUUUCGGGAAUCAAAAUCAAAUCAUGUUUGCCUAUGGUUUCUCUAAAUUGUACAGAUUCGUUUGACAGUGCUGAAGUCACAAUGUGCACAUUUAUGUGUCAGGAUUCGAUCGCGAAUGUCCGUUUUAUGCCUUGUGGUCAUCGUGUGGCUUGCACCGACUGCGCUCAAAAAACCGCAUUUCGUAGAUGUCCACUCUGCUAUCAUAUUAUAUCGAAUGCGCAGGAUGAUGCUGGGAAUGAAGUAAAUAUUGGAUGUUUCUCCGGCGAAACUCCACUUGAGAGAAACGCCGAAAAUGCGGCGAUUUCCGAACAGAUUAAACGAAAAAUUGCCGAAGAAGCGGCCAGAGAAGCUAAAAUUGCCGUCGAACAAGAAAAACAGUCUGAACUUAAAGCAUUGAGGGAAAGACUAGAAGAGCUAGAAAUGGAAACAAGCUGUGCUAUUUGCAUGGAUGCCAAAAUUUCGCUUGUGUUCAAUUGUGGUCACACAUCCUGUUCGACGUGCGCUGCAAAACUCAAACUUUGCCAUAUAUGCCGAAAAAGCGGCAUGGCCCUCUUUCGGUAUAUUAUUCCUCGUAGAAAAGGCAACGUUUUUCUUGCGGUUUUCUUCUUUUUCGCAUUUUUGGGAAUUGUUUAUUAUAGUAGAGAAUCAAGAGGGCAAAGGUUCAAGUUUCCAAAUAUUGAAAAAGUUGCCGAACGCAUAGUUAAUCCGCCAACGAAAUGGAACGGAGUUGCACAUCAGAUUCCGGAUUAUUCGAAACCUCGAGAUGGUCCUGGAGAAAUGGGAAAACCUGUAGUUUUAACUGGAGAUGAAGCGAAAUUAGGUGAAGAAGAUAUGAAAAAAUGGUUUAUGAAUGUUCAUGCAAGCGACAAAAUUUCGCUGGAUCGCGAUGUUCCUGACGCACGACGCAAAGAAUGUAAAGAAUUGAAAUAUGAUUUGUCGGCUCUUCCAAAAGCAUCGGUUAUUAUCAUUUUCACCGAUGAAGCCUGGACGCCGCUUCUUCGUACAGUGCAUUCAGUAGUUAAUCGAAGUCCACCACAACUUCUAGAAGAAGUUAUUCUUCUUGAUGAUAAUAGUCAACGAGAGGAAUUAAAAGAUCAACUAGAUGAGCAUGUUAAACGAUUUGGAGGAUUAGUUAAGAUCAUUCGAAAAAACGUGAGACACGGUUUGAUUCGAGCGAAGUUGGCUGGAGCUCGUGAAGCAACUGGGGAAGUUGUUGUGUUUUUGGAUUCGCAUUGUGAAGCUAAUCACGGAUGGCUUGAGCCGUUAGUCCAACGAAUUCAUGAAAAGAGAUCUGCGAUUAUUUGUCCAAUUAUUGACUCAAUCGCGGCAGAAACGAUGGCAUAUUAUGGCGAUCCGUUUGCAACUUCUGUUGGAGGUUUCUCAUGGGCUCUUCAUUUCACGUGGGAAGGUAUGCCAGAAGAGGAAAGAAAACGAAGGAAAGCGCCAACGGAUCCAAUUCAGUCUCCUACCAUGGCUGGAGGACUUCUUGCAGCAAGUAAAGAAUACUUUUUCGAAAUUGGUGGAUAUGACGAGGAGAUGGACAUUUGGGGAGGAGAAAACCUUGAGAUUUCAUUCAGAACAUGGAUGUGCGGUGGCUCGAUUGAGUUUAUCCCGUGCUCUCAUGUUGGACAUAUUUUCCGAUCCGGACAUCCUUAUAAUAUGACAGGUAGAAAUAACAAUAAAGACGUGCAUGGAACGAAUUCGAAGCGACUCGCUGAAGUUUGGAUGGAUGACUAUAAAAGGCUUUAUUACAUGCAUCGUUCUGAUCUCCGCGAUCAGGAUGUUGGCGAUUUGACUGAGCGAAAGCGCCUAAGGGAAAAGUUGAACUGCAAGUCAUUCCGCUGGUAUCUUGAUAAUGUGGCUAAAGGAAAAUUCAUUAUGGAUGAAGAUGUGCUUGCUUAUGGAACGUUGUUCACGAAUGUAAAAAAUGUUCGAAUGUGCACAGAUACUCUGCAGAGAGACGAGAAACGAGCGUACCUUUUGGGUAUAUUUUACUGUCAGGGCAAAGGAAGUCCCAGCCAGUUGAUGUCAUUGUCGAAAGAAGGAAAUCUGCGUAGAGAAACGAGUUGUGCUUUUGUAGAAGGCAAUCAUGUGAGGAUGAGGACGUGCUCGAAGAAAUCGACAGUCAACGAGAAAUGGACUUUCGAGAAUCAAAUGUUGCGUAACGAAAAAACGGGAAAAUGCUUGACAACUGCUGAUAUCAAAUCCGGAGAUGAUAUAAUCGUUAGCGAUUGCGACGAAAAUGAUGAACACCAAAAAUGGAAUUUUGUUGAUCCGCGCACAUAA